UAAUUUUGGCGAAAGAGCUCAUCCAAUGGUACGGAAGGGUCGACCACUGCUGAGGGCGCGAACAUUACCCGCAAUCAUAACGCCCUCAUUGAACAUAAUUCAGGCACAACUCGAGCCCAUUAGUGAUCAACAGUCCAUUGCCAUCGCAGAAUAUAGUCUUUCGGUGGGAGAUAACGACAGCUUAUUAUCGAAAUCUCCGGGUAUAUCGCCGCGACAUAGCGUUUCAUCGACCAGUUCCACCGGUUCCACAUCCAAAGACACCAUCAAUAAAAAAAGCGUGAGUUUUGCAAAACUCACAAAAUUACUAUCGACUCAACCCAAGGAUAAGUUCACUAAUUUGAAGCCAAUUCCGAGCCAUCAGUUCGCUAACGAUAACACCGCUGAUGUCAGAGGAGUGGGCAGUAAAGUGAAGAGAAGUGGAAGUGUUGACAGUCUUAUAGACGCACAGCAGCAGCAACUGAACGCCAACAAGAAUGACAUCAAUAUCUCAUCGAUGGCCCCGUAUUUCGCCGCCAAUCACAAGACGAGUCAGUCGGCGGCCAACAAACGCGAGCGAACCCUCGGCGCCACGUUUUCGCCCCGAUUUAGGGGACAUUUGCCGCUCAGCUCCACCUCAUCCGUGCAGCUCAUGGAUGCGGACCAGUAUGUGCCCCCAUCUCCAAGUGCUUCUUAUCGCAUCACCAAAGCUCUUCCAGGUCGACGACAGGCCAGUAUCGACGUGUUUGUGCCCGAAAGUGUACCCUUUAUGACAAAAUCGGAAAGAAAGAAAUUGGAGAAAUACAACAAAUUUAAUUUCGACUUACAAGCCAUGUUUUCUGCGGUCGAAAACGAACAGUUAGAGAGGGCUCUCGCGACAAAAGAGAGCCGAGAGAAUCAGUUGAUUAGUUUACUCAAAGAAGCGGAACGAAGUGUAAUGGAUCUCAAUUUGACUGUCUUUGCGGUCCUACCCAACGGUGGUCUCAGCGCCGCACUCCUCAAAGAAAAGGAGCGACAGUUGUGUUUAUGGGAGCGAAGGCUUAAGCUCUUACAGCGUAUGAAAGUGGGUUUCGAGCGGUUAGAGCCCCCGGAAUCGCCCACAUCUGUGCAGUUGGAAGUGGUGGGCAAUGAUUGUCUUCGAUUACGAUUCAGUGGACCCGUUGCCGCCAAUGAGAAGAAGUGCAUUGUCACCAAAUAUAAGGUCGAAUGGAGUGAAACCAAUUUCAUCACAAUUGAUGGCACACUAGACAUAACAGAUCCACAGAAAAUGGAAGUCAUUAUCGAUGGCCUACGGAGUGGUCAGCAGUACUUUGUCAGAGUGUCGGCUGGCAAUUGCAAAGGCUUUUCCAUCGACUCCUACCCCUCACCUAAUAGUGGCAUACCGUCGAGCUGGCGUGACGUCGACGACAAGCCUUCACCUAAUUUUGAUAAUCUCUUAAAACUGGACCAACUCUUCCAGCAGAUGAUCGAUUGCAGACCAGACACUUGGGCUGAAGUCAAAGUGAUAUCAGUGGAGAGUGAGAACCCGUAUCAACGCAAAGGACAGGUCCGCAAAAGUAUCAAAAACCUCUUCGGCUCGAACCCUAAGUUCCAGAAAGUCAUGAAAAGAGGCAUUUAUUUGGCGUGUCUUCUCUACAAUGACGACAGAGUCCUCGUAACCAAUGAUGAGAUACUUCCGAUCGUCGAAAUUGAUGAUGUGUACCCGUCAUCGCUGCAAACGGACUUCCAUUGGGUGCUUAAGAUUUCGUGCACGUGGGAGGACGUGAAGGCGCUGCGCCGGGAGCUCGACAAAAGCCAGAGCUCGUCGGUCGCCCACUUCCGCAGCAAAAUACUGGCCGCCGUCGAGACGAUGCAGACCUUCCUCGGGAUGCAGGACUUGGGCCGACUCUUCUACAAACCCAUGAAAGACAGCGACGGCACGACCGUCUUGUGUACCAUUAAACGCAUGGUCGACGUGAAGAGCAUGAACUGGCUGUCGCUGCGGUGGAUGCCAAUCGCCAAACUCCAGAGAAAACUUCUUAAUUUAAACGCCAACUCAACACAACUCGAGCCAAGCGAACCGUCACUUAAUUGUGCACUUAUUGGAGAUUUACUGCAUUCCUCUUUACAGGAAAUGACAUGUUAUCACAAGGCAUGUAAUAACCCACUGCCCCGCGGCCUAUAUCUGGGAUUUGUCAAACUCAAGACGUCCGUCGAGUUGAUGAGUAUACUGGUGCCACAGCACAGCCCUAACGUCAUGCCUCACAUCAAAGUGCGAGAGAAUCCGCACGUUUCGCGAGAGGAGUGGAACUGUCUGAAGGACUGUGUCAACCCAAACGAGCUUAAAAUCAUCAUUAGUUGCCAUUCGAGUCAAUUAAAGUUCCUGCAGUUGAUCACAAAGUCGGCUAAUGUUUUGCUGAACUCUAUCAAAACGCCGGAGAAUGAGAUCUCUUUACACCGGAUAUACGACAUCGAAGUCAUAGAACUGAGUCCUGACGUGUCAUUCAUACUACUGUUGCCGCCCGUCGAGAGUGUCUGCUCUAUAUUCAGUCAAAACGAUGAAAUGCCCCUCAAUUACAAUCUCAGUUACCUUCCCCUCAGGACUUUCGAAAUGACGAUUCUUGAAAUGGAUAUUCUGGUGGCGCAACAGGAGCACAGGGAAGCGUUUUCAUCUAAUGAGGUCUCGACCACCAAAACCCGAUUGACUCAACUCCAAGAGUUUCAGAUAGUAUUAGACGAGUUGUGGCGCUCCAAGAGAUGGAUUAUGGAUGUCGUGACCUUUGCCAGAGACAAGCAAUCCGUUUACGGCAUCUCUUUGGAUAAUAUCACUCAUUCUCUGACGAACAGCAAUGUCUUACUCGAGGAGGAGACCAUGUUUCAGAUACCGACCAUUAAUCUCAGCUCUUCGACCAUCAAUUCUCCGGUGUCGAGCCCACCCCCACACCCGACCAGUCGACGGCCCAGUCGUGACGACUCCGCGAUCGAUACGAACUUCUUCUCCAAUCAGUUGCGGAUCAAUACAUCCACGUCUUCGUACUCACUCAUAGAUUCGCUGUAUUUCAUGAAUUCUGACUACAAAUCCGAGACAUUUAGUCCCAAAAAUUGUGAUGAUAUGCGUCGGUGUGUGUCGGCCUCUAAACUGGCGAACGGUUCCGUUCACACGAGAAGCGAAAGCGGAAACUCUAACCAAUGGAUUAAUCCGCUGAAUCCCAUUGUCUUAUUGGAUGAGAGCUUUAGGAGUUUGAAAUCUCAGACAAACGCAGCCAUACAUGAGAGCGAAUGCGAAUCAGAUAUGGAUGUCAGCCAUGAGUCCAAACGCAAAGCCUUUCGUCCAUUCGUUUUGUCCAGCAUUUCGAGUGCAGACUCUUCUGACUCUUUGAGUCAAUGGCCGCCGAAGAAAGACAACGAAUCACACGAAUGCCAACCGCCGGACAACUCCCACACGAUUCCACUCAAUAUGAAUCAAAAUUGUGAUAAUUUUUUAGACAAAAGUUUUGUAAUUCGCGUUUACGCCGCCUAUGACUGCGGACUACCCUAUGGGACGAGUGUCAAGCUCCAGGUGACGGUCGACACCACCGUCCGGGAGAUCAUCGAAUUGGUGGUCAAACACCUGAAUGCCACGGUUUUGGUGAAAGGCCACAACUCUCCCAUCUAUGACACGAACCAAAUGAACAGAUUCUGCAUAAUAGCCGUCUAUUCCUCGCUUCACUUCGUGAACUUGUUGCUGAAGUUUCACGACUUGGAGGUCUGCGGCACCUUAGCUCGGUACGAAACG